AUGCUGUGCCCGGCGCAGGAAGCGGAGGUGAUGCCGUGCCCGGAGAGCGGGCGACGGUCCCCGCCGGGGCGGCUCGCCCGGCUGGAGGAGGACUUCCUCUACAACCUGCGCCUGUUGGAGGAACAAGGCCGCCAGCUGCGGCACCUCGAGGCCGCCCUGGCCGGGGCCCGCGGGGCGGAGGAGGCCCGGCGGGCCGAGGCCAGCGAGCUGAAGAUCCAAGUGGCCAAACUACGGCAAGCCCUGGCCGAGGAGGCCGGGAGGCGGCGGGACCUGCGGGAUGACUACCGGCAGCGGCUGAGGGAACAUCGGCUCGAACUGGACAGAGUGCACGGCCGGCAGAGCGGUGAGAUCGAUCACCACGUGGAGCAGUAUGAAAGGCUGAAAAGGGAGUUGGAGAGAAAAGUCCAAGAGCUGGAUGGAGAACUUGCUUUGCAGAAGCAGGAGCUGCUGGCCCAGUUUGAAUCCGAGCUGAAAAAGAGGGAGCACGAGUUCCGGCUGAAGGCCGACCACGUGAGCAACGUCGUCCUCAACCACCAGCUAAAGGUAAAACUGCUGAGCAAGGAGCUGGAGGCCGCGAGAGAGGCGGGGAGCAAGGCGGAAGAAUCGCUCCGCCAGGCCGAAGCGACGAAUUUGGAACUGGAGAAAGAGGUCAAGGGCAAAGACUGGGAAAUGAAGACGCUCGCGGCUGUGAAAGAUGCUCGGAUAAAGCACUUAGAGGGGAAGCUCCACUCUGUAGAGCUGACCAAGAAAAAGGAGGAAGAAAGAUUUCAAAGAAAGCGCGAGGAGCUGGUUUGCUUUUCCCGGGAGAAGGAGGCGGCCCUCUCCGAGCGCGUGCGGGAGCUGGAAGCCGAGGUCCAGCGGCUGCAGGCGCGGGGCGAGAGCCGGGAGACGGAGCAGCUUCGGGCCCGGAGGAGGCAGGCCGACGUCCUGAGCCGGAAGGACGCCGCCAUCGCCAAACUCCGGGAAGAGGUGGCAGCCGUGAAAUCCGGCUGGGAUGCUCAGAUUGAUCAGAUCUCCAAGGAGAUCGUUUCCAAGGAUCUGCGGGUGCAGGGAUUGCAGGAAGAGGAGGUGAAACUCAAGGCUCACCUCAUCACACUCCAGCAGGAUAUUGACAGGUACAAGCGGGAAUUGUCUGUGGCGUUGGAGCGGGAACGGGGCCUUGAACGGGCCAAAAUCCAGGCCGAACUGGAUUGGCAGCGUCGUUGUGAGACUAUGGAGAGGACGCAAUAUCAGGAAUCGGAGGAAUUAAUUCAGGCCUUGACCGCGGCGCGCGACCGGGUGCCGGACCCCCGCGCGUCUCCCGGUCCUCCUCCCUCCGCGGAGGUCCAGCGCCUCAGAGAGCAGAACGUCUCCCUCCGGAACGUCGUCGCACGCAUGCGGGAGCACAUGGAGGCCCUGAGCGUCUCCCAGCCCUCCGCCCUCGCCGCCGGGGACCGGACCGUCCGCCUGCCGCCCGCUCCGGGGGAGAAAGAGGCUGCCACGCAGACGGACGCAGCGUCGACCGAACUGGCUGCCGAGAAGCUUCCCGCCGGAGACGCUUGCUUGGACUCCCCGCCGACCCAACUGCGACACAAGGCCUGCCGGCGACCGGGCCUGCGCGGGAAGCUGAAGGAAGCCGCCCGGAAGAUCUGCAGCCUGAGCCGGGAGAAGCAGCAGCUCAUCGACAUGGGCAACCGGCUCCGGGCCGAGCUGGCCGCCCAGGCGGGGUCUCCCACCGGAGCGCCCCGGCUUCCACCCCACGCAGCCUUGGGGACCCCCAAACCGAGCGGGCCGGCGACCGCGAGGCCUUCUCCCGCCGGCUCAGACCCCCGACUCGCCACCCAGGCGCGACCUUCCUCCUCCACGGCACUCUGUGGUUCGACGCUGCCGCCUCCGCCGGGAAUCCCGGCCCCAGAGCCAGACCGGACCCCCUCAUCCGGAGCGAGCGGUUCCUUCCGGGACGUGUGGCGGCCUUUGGAGCUGGGAUCGGAUCCUUCGCCUUUCACGUCGCAGGAGGACGGAGGCCCAGGAGAGACCCCUCCGCCUCAGACGAUCAGCCGCGGUACCCGGGAACGGCGGCAGGACCCGGCCCGGUCCCCGUCGGCCUUCGCCAUCGAAGCCACGAGGGUGGAGGUCCGGCCUAGGCCGGAGGCCCCAAGACCCCCGCCUCAGCCUCGUCCCAAAAAGGCCCAGAGCUCCCGGAGGAUUCCCAGGAUCCGUAACUACAACGUGAAAGACUGAUCGGCCGGGGGGACGGGGGGACGGGGUCGCGGCAGAUGGGAUCGCCGGAAGGCGAGCGAUCCGAGGCCGGGCGGCCAUACCGGCGCUGCCCGUGGAGUUAAUUACAGUUAACUAGCUUCCCGCCAGCUCCCGGCUAUUUAUCGGGUCCGGGGAGGAAACGGCAGGGUCCGAGCGGCGACCCGAACCCCAGAGGAAAAGUCCGCCGAUCCCAACCGACUCCCCGGGACCAAAUCCCGGCACGCUGAACCGGGAAACCGCGGCCUUCCACCCUCCGGCUCCCACUCCCGAAAACUCCACGUACCGUGGCCUGGCGGG